AUGAAUACGUUCGGAUUGUGGUUGCAGUAUUCAGCGACGAGUUUCUACGCUCCCCCUCACGAAGUGAUUUGGAACGUUUGCUUGAAAUCGGGAAAGAAAGAGGUUUUCCAGGCAUGCUUGGGUCACUUGAUUGCUGUCAUUGGGAAUGGCGGAAUUGUCCUGCUGCAUGGGCGGGAUAAUACAAGGUGUUGCAUAGAUCACCGUUGUUUUCAAACAUUCAUACCGGUAAAACAUCCAUCAGUUACGUUUGAAGUAAAUGGCGGCACGUACAGCACCGGAUAUUAUCUAGCAGACGGAAUUUACCCUCCCCUAGCCACGCUAGUGACGACGAUUUCAGCACCUGUUGGCCAGAAACGCAAGUAUUUCGCAGAAAAGCAAGAGCCAGCUAGAAAGGAUGUCGAACGCACUUUUGGAGUGUUAAUGGCUCGAUUCGCUAUUGUGAAAACCCCAGCAAGGUCAUGGAAUAAAGACGAUUUGAAUAGUGUUAUGCGAACAUGUAUCAUCCUCCGCAACAUGAUCAUUGAAGAUGAACGUGAAGAUGCUGUGCCCUCCAAUGAAUCGAGAGACAGUGUCUAUGAAGUAACGAGACCUGACGAUACUUUUGCAGCGUUCCUGAAUCGAUACAAAAAAGUACAUGAUACUAGGCUUCACCAUGAGCUGCAAAACGACCUAAUUGAGUAUCUUUGGAAUAUGAAAGGAGACGAUGAGUUUCAUAAAAUUAUUUAG